AAACUCUUGCAAACGGAUACGAAACUUGACCAACACAGAGCCACAUUGCAAGGGCUGAUGAUCGAAUCAAAACAAAACGAGAAGCUGCAGAGCACAAACAAAAAGCAAAAAGUGCAGAAGUUGCGUGAGUCUGCUGGCUAUUGGAACUAUUGGUAAAGACAAGACGAGGCUGGGGCUUCAUACACGGCAUCGUCUGAGCAGUCCAGCGAUGUACACGACAUCGUAUAUGUCUGGACCAUCCGGACCACCUGGACCGCAACAUUGUGACCAGUAUACGAGCAGCCUGUACUUCACGGGUUCAACAGCGACAUCCACCACGACAAGUUGCCUAGGAUUUCCCAUGACAUCGACAAGCAGCCCAUGGAGUAUGGGAUCAGUUCCUACUUCUAUGGCUUGGUCACAGACAGUGCCUGCAUACAUGCCUUGGGCAGCUCCUUCACUGUCAGAACAGAACCAUGAGGUCAUGCGAUUCACAGCGCCCCCUGUGUUGGACCCUUGUACUUCACAGACAGCUACAGCUUGGGAACUUCUACACAAUCUAGGUUCAACUGCAAACAUGGGACAGCAGAUGCACAAGCAUCUGAAACGACGUUGCGAGAUAGACGACGAGAGGCCCCACAAGCAAUAUGUCACAGAAGAAAAAAUGAUCGCUCAGAUGAGCGACUUGCGUAUCAGUAUGGUAGACAACAACGCGUCGCAAGUGCGUGACAUUAGGUAUCUCAUGGCAGAAACAGAAGAAGGUGGUGGGACAAGCGGUGCACAAGAAGAUAACCAGAAAGCAAUAGUGCUAUCGCCUGAACUGCAGAAUUUUGUCAGCAAGGACAGACUCGCUACGGAAUGCAUCAUAGACGAUAUGAGGAAAAGGGCCUCAAUGGCAUUGGUUCUGUGGCAGCCUCCCAGCAAAAUACUGUCUUUGAACGACGAUGAACAAGGAACAAAGGAGGGCAAGCAGACGCAGGAAACCAAUAAUAACGAUAUUGAAGGGGACCACUCCCUCCGCACAACAACUUCUUCUCUCCCGUACGCGUCUGUUCUGGAAGAAGACCAAGCAGCCCUGUUUGACAGCAUGGACGAUAGUAUGGACUUAUGACACUCACUGCCAGAUCUCCCUUCAUUAUGAUAGUCAUUCAUUAAAUAUGCAUAUUUACGCAAAGCUUAGAGAUGUACAGCAGUUCUUUUACCUGUGAGCAGCACAACAUACAUGUAGUGUACAAAAAAAAAAAAAAAAAAGAUAUUGUUUUUUUUUAUUCCUUAUUAAAGGGACGGAUUCAUACACUGCGGCCCAUUUACAAAGUGCACCUCUCUUCUGAAGCUUCAUUAUCAUGUUUUGAAUGUCAUUCAUUUGUACAAAGCAAAAUUGAACGCAGGUGGCAAUAUCGUGACAUUUCAUUUCACUUUUAGUGAAUUUUGAAAUUAAAUUAUAAAACUUAGAAAACUUGAGUGGGCCCACAUAUGCCCAAGCACUUGGGCAUGCCAUUAAUUUGGAGCAAGCUCAUAAAUACUCUGGCGCCAUUUUUGAGUAUCUAGUAUUAUUGAGUAUUCAGUACCGUAUUUACACGCAUAACUUGCGCAUUUUUUUUUUUCCCAAACAGUCGGAACAAUAUUCAAAAUUUUUGAGUACGCUGGUCACAUAUAGGCUCCCGGAGAGCCGAUAUUGACGGACCAUCAUCCGAACGUGGGUGUAAACGGAACAAAAGCUCCGCAGUAACUUCGGUAGUACUGUCGGCGUUGUGAAAACUGCAUAAUAAGCAAACGGCAAUCGAUGUGGUUGCUGAGACGCGCCGGUCAGAUGUCCGUGUGCAAAAAAUACGGGUGCACAAAUUAUGCGCUUUUUGUAUUUGCCUCGCAUUUUUUCGUGCCAAACUAGGGGUGCACAAAUUAUGCGAUGGUGCAAGGUAUGAGAGUAAAUAGGGUACGUGCUUUCCAUACAGGCUGUACAACGAUGGCAUCAUUAAAAUUCAUGCGGUAUAUUGUGUAAAAAUUGUCAUCCUACUUGUCCCAUGACAAUGGCUUAUCGUUUAGGGAAGAGUGCUACCUGUGUUAACAAGCGCAUCAAUCAAGAAGCACAUCACAAAUACAGCCUAUAGAUACGUCUUAUGUCUCUCUCUCUCGCUAUCAAUAAAAUAUGUCUUUGCAUAUUUUCUCUUCAAAA